UUUUCUAAUUAUCCUAUAUUGACCUCAGGGUUUCCACUUAUUUACCACAAAAAAAAAACUAAAAAGAAAAUAUCCAUCACCUCUUUCUAUGAUUUGCUACUCUUCUUUCAUGAAAAAACAGUAGCUAAGAGAUCUAAAAGCUUCUUCUCUGAAAAGUAAAAAAGAAAAAAUCUUAACAGACUAUUCUUUCUUGCUUGUUGUUGAAGAUUUCUAUCUCCAUACUGCUUAACAAACAAGCUGAUAUUCAGACAAAGAUUAUAACUUUUCUGUAGAAGAAAUGUAUGGUACUAACUCCCUAGUGUUUAUCUUCUAAUUCUAGUUCUAUAUAUUCUGCAAACUCCACACAUAAAGAAGUGUUAUUUGCAAAAAAAAAAAAAAAAAAACAGAGAGCUAUUAAUGGAUUCAGAGUUUGAUAAAAACCAGAACAUGAAUUCUGGUUUGUUAAGGUUUCGUUCAGCUCCAAGUUCUUUGUUUGAGAAUUUCACAGAUGGAGUAAUAAAGAUUGAAAAUUUUGGCAGUGAGAAUAAAGGGUUCGAUCUUGCUGGUUUAAAUAACCAAUUGGUGUCUCAGAAUUCACAGUUGCCACCUCAAUAUCCAAGGCAAAAUACUAGUGCUAAUGUGGGGUCAAUGGAUGGUGGUGGGUACAGGGUGAUGGGCUCAUUGGGAAAUAAUCAUGAGAGGCAAAACAAGUUGGCAUCAAAUCUUAUGAGGCAAAAUAGUUCUCCAGCUGGCUUAUUCUCUCACCUCAAUUCUCAAAUUGGCUAUGGCACGUUGAAAGGCGGUGGUGGUGGAGGUUACAGAAUGGCAAAUGGUGGCACUGUAGAUUCAAGUCCAUCUUCAAGCAGGUUGAAAGGUCAUUUUAGUAGUUUACCAUCAGGGGCACCUUCAUCAUUAGGAAUGUUGUCUCGAAUCUUAGAGGUCGAUAACGAGAGCAGCAUAACAACUGUCCCUGAUGACGACAAGUGUAGAGAUGGCAACUCAGAAGCUCAAUUCUGCAAUAUGGGAUUCCCUUUUACCUCUUGGAAUGAUUCCCCUCAACUAGAUAAUGAAGGGAAGCUAUUUGCUAAUGCUGAUCAGAUUGAAGAAGUUGGAAAUAGGCCUCCAAUUUUGUCACACCACCUAAGUUUACCAAAGACACCAGCUGAAAUUGCAGCUAUUGAGAAGUUAUUGCAUUUCCAAGACACUAUUCCCUGUAAGAUCCGCGCCAAACGCGGCUGUGCUACUCAUCCUAGGAGCAUUGCAGAAAGGGUGAGAAGAACCCGAAUAAGUGAAAGAAUGAGGAAGCUACAGGAGCUUGUUCCCAACAUGGACAAGCAAACAAACACAGCAGACAUGUUAGAUUUGGCUGUUGAGUACAUUAAAGACCUCCAAAAACAGUACAAGACACUCACUGAUCAUCGGGCGAACUGCAAAUGCUCAGCAAUGCAGAAGCCAUUGUAAAACCAAAGGGUCUGAUUUGCUUAUGCACAAUGGAGAAGAGUAGAAGAGGAGUAUACAUGAAUGGAGUUUCUUUUCAAAAGGGUAUAGGUUAGGAAGUUCAGGAAAAGAACAAGAAAUAACACAUAAAAGGGCAGCCUGGUGCACUAAGCUCCGGCUAUGCGCGGGGUCUGGGGAAGGGCCGGACCACAAGGAUCUUCGGCUGUCGUUUUUGCAGAUGGUAGAUGCUAUAAACUAACAAUGUUUCAAAGUUCAAACAACAUAAUUAGUGGAAAAGUGUACAUUGGUUGCAUAGGACAUGCAAGAAUAAGAUUAUGUGUUCCUUGGUAUAUGCAUUCCCUUUUCGCUU